AUGGAUACACCAGUAACGGCACCAGUUAAGUAUGAAUAUCUUGAUCACACUGCGGAUAUUCAGCUGCAUGGUUGGGGUAAUACUUUGGAAGAGGCCAUGGAGCAGACAUUAAUCUCUAUGUAUGCCUAUAUGACUGAAAUUUCAAUGGUGUCCGCGGAAUAUUCAUUUGAUUUGUUUGCCAGCGGUAUUGAUAUGGUCUCAUUGAUGGCUCGGUUGUUAGAUGAAGCGCUCUUUGCUUUCUCAACAGAACCAUUCUUCAUUGGUAGGGUUGCAAAAGUGAUUAAACUCGAUCGUGAAAAAUGGAAAGUGCAAGUACGGUGUUGGGGUGAAUCGUUCGAUCUAAGCAAGCAUCCACAGGGAACCGAAAUUAAAGCAAUCACUUAUUCCAAUAUGCAGGUUAACGAAUCUUCGGAUAAGGCUGAUAUAUAUGUUAUUGUCGAUAUAUGA